UCCGCUGGCACUGUGAUGCUGCAGGGCAACUGCUGGCCCAGCAUGUCUGUCUCCGGCCCCCUCCCUCGCAGUGUGUCACAACCGCGGAGGCUGCCGUAUCUGGAGCAGUUGAGGUGGGCAGGCCCAGCUGGGAGGCGAGCGGGCGAGGAGAGCUGCCACGAUGCGGGAAUGCAUAUCAGUCCACGUGGGUCAAGCUGGAGUUCAGAUUGGCAAUGCCUGCUGGGAGCUCUUCUGCUUGGAACAUGGCAUCCAGGCAGAUGGGACCUUUGGCACUCAGGCCAGCAAGGUCAACGAUGAUGACUCCUUCACCACCUUCUUCAGUGAGACUGGCAAUGGCAAGCAUGUGCCCCGGGCUGUCAUGGUCGACCUGGAACCUACGGUAGUAGAUGAGGUGCGGGCAGGAACCUACCGCCAGCUCUUCCAUCCCGAGCAGCUGAUCACGGGGAAGGAGGAUGCGGCUAACAAUUAUGCCCGUGGGCACUAUACGGUGGGCAAGGAGAGUAUUGACCUGGUGCUGGACCGCAUCCGUAAGCUGACAGAUGCCUGCUCUGGCUUGCAGGGCUUCCUCAUCUUCCACAGCUUCGGAGGCGGCACAGGCUCUGGCUUCACCUCUCUCUUGAUGGAACGCCUUUCCCUUGACUAUGGCAAGAAAUCCAAGCUAGAAUUUGCCAUCUACCCGGCACCACAGGUCUCCACUGCAGUGGUAGAGCCCUAUAACUCCAUCCUGACGACCCACACCACCCUGGAGCACUCAGACUGUGCUUUCAUGGUGGACAACGAAGCCAUCUAUGACAUCUGCCGCAGGAACCUGGACAUCGAGCGCCCCACCUAUACCAACCUCAACCGCCUCAUCAGCCAGAUUGUGUCCUCAAUCACUGCCUCUCUCCGCUUCGAUGGAGCCCUCAAUGUGGACCUCACAGAGUUCCAAACCAACCUAGUACCCUAUCCCAGAAUCCAUUUCCCGCUGGUCACGUAUGCACCCAUCAUUUCUGCGGAGAAAGCCUACCAUGAGCAGCUGUCUGUGGCAGAGAUAACUAGUUCCUGCUUUGAGCCCAACAGCCAGAUGGUGAAGUGUGACCCGCGUCACGGCAAAUACAUGGCCUGCUGUAUGCUCUACCGUGGGGAUGUGGUACCCAAGGACGUGAAUGUCGCCAUUGCUGCCAUCAAGACCAAGAGAACCAUCCAGUUUGUUGACUGGUGUCCCACAGGUUUCAAGGUGGGCAUCAACUACCAGCCCCCCACUGUGGUGCCAGGAGGGGACCUGGCUAAAGUCCAGCGAGCCGUGUGCAUGCUGAGCAACACGACAGCCAUCGCAGAGGCCUGGGCCCGCCUGGACCACAAGUUUGAUCUCAUGUACGCCAAGCGGGCCUUCGUACAUUGGUAUGUUGGAGAGGGAAUGGAGGAAGGAGAGUUUUCCGAGGCCAGGGAGGACCUGGCUGCGCUGGAGAAGGAUUAUGAAGAAGUGGGGACUGAUUCAUUUGAAGAAGAAAAUGAGGGGGAGGAAUUUUAAAUAUACACCUGCCCCAUGACUGCGUCUCGUUGUUUGUGUUGCUCCACUCUAACUGUGGUGAGUUCAUCUCCUAGCACUGUUCACGGACGGACAGACAGACAGACAGACAGACAGGGCAGCAGCAGUUGUGCCUGCUCACUCCCCCUUUUCUCUUCUUAGUAUGCUGUACUCACGGUUGCAUGGGAAAAGGAAACCACAGAAAGAGAAAGUGAGAGACUGGCCUGUCGGUACCAGCCCAGUGCCUGUCCUACAUAGAUUAGGGCUCUUGACUCCAGCACAUGGGUACCGAGCACACAGGGAGCCCCCUCCUUCCCCUGGAAUGAGAACAGCUUCAUUCCUAUAGAAUGAAGUUAAGGUGGACAAGUCACACACGCACGGGGUGGGUGGGGUAAGGAGGUACAUGAGAAAUCUUUAUUCUAGGUGGGGUAGGCUGCUCACCCCUAAGACAGGGCCUGCUGGGUGAGGAAUGGGGUAACACCAGAAAAUUCCCACUCUUGGAAGAUGCCGUGGAGAGAGCAAACAGGAACUCAUGAAACGGAUCUGUGGCACAGCUCUGAGCUCAUGUGGAUCCAUCAUGAUCCCCCUGGAGGGGGGAUAUCCCAAGACCCUCAUUAGGUGUUGACAGCCACCAAGAGUCCUGGCUCUGUAUGUAUGUUUGUACAUAUGUAUGUGUGUGUGUGUAUUUUAAUACUUACAUUAUGAAAUACAAUUUACAUAUCAGCACAGUGAAAGAUUAACAGUCGCCAUCAAUGAAAUACAACAACUACAACAGAACUCCAUAAUAAAAAUAAUUCAAAGACUUGGGGUGUAGUUCUGUGGUGAGCAGGUCCUUAGCCUGUGUGAAACCCUGGGUUCAUUUUCUCCCACUGUACUCAGACAGACAGACACAGAGCAGAUGAGCCUGCUUGUUCCUGUUUUCUUAUCUGAGGAUGCUGUACAUUCUCUUCUAUGGGAAAAGAAAACCACAGGAACAGAAAGUGAAAUCGUGGUGCCUACAGUCUGUCCUCGGCCCUAGGCACUGUCCCCAGAGCUAGAGAAUCAUGCAUGUGACAGCUUCCUGCCUUCCUGAAUACAUGUUUAGAUAAUGAGGUCACUUUAGAUUUCAGACAGCAAUGACAGUAUUUGGAGUGUCAUUGUGGAGCCCAGAGAGCACGAUUCCACAGAUCCUGGGCUUAGAAGGGAACAAGUGCGGGUCUGAAGGCAAGAGAGACGCUCGCUAGGAGGGUGGGAAGAUGGGCAGGUGCCGGGUCUGUCCAUCCUCAGCAUCAUGGAUGCUUAUACGUCUCCUAAGUGAAACACAAGCACUCGAAGGCUUGAAGAAGCUUCACUGUCCUGAGCUCCAGUGCUCCCAACAAUCUCAGGAUGAAGUUUUGGGUCAUUCUGGAGGGGACACUGAGGUAUGCAGAAGCAACUGCUGGAGACCGCAAGGUUCCAACACCAGGCCUCUCUCCACUGUUUCUGACUCUUGUGCUUCUGCGUUCCUCAUGAAGUAGCCCACAGCAGAAACAAGUCUGCCAUUUGCCAAGGAGAGGAUGGGGGUGCAGUGCCUCGCUCAGCCAGCACUCAGGAUUUCAGGCAAUUGGAAUGCUGUUAUUGUUUAGUUACCUGUAAGACUUCCAGGGUCAAGCCCCUUGUGCUAUGGGUCCUUGUGUAUCAAGUGUUCCCAGAAACUUUCCAGUCUAUUGCUUGGGAGCCCUGAGAGAAGUAGAAUGUCCUUGUCCAAGAAAAGGAAGGCUAGGCAAGGUGUGUAACAACCUGCUUUCUGGCCCUUCUGUGCAGGAGAUCAUGGUGCUAGGAAAGCAAGUCCAGGACUUGCUUAGGAGGUGGAGGAGUGUUGUUUUAGAACUGGAGAUUAGUGUCCCCACGUGAGGGUGGCUAGGGAAGCAAGUGCCUGCCAUUCCCAGGGCCAGUAGCUCCUAGCCUAUCACAUCAGCUUGAGGCUUCUUAGGAAGGUGAAGUAGAGAGCUGGAGAGAUGACUCAGUGGUUAACACUUCCUGCUCUUCCAGAGAACCUGAGUUUGGUUCCCAGUACCCACAUCCAACAGCUCACAGUCUGUAACUUCAUUCUCAGAAUAGAUGACAUGCUCUUUUGGCACCUGUAUGCAUGAUAUGCGCACCAACACAAAACGCACAUAUGUAUUUGGAAUUUAUUAGAAUGGCUUACAGGCCAGCUAAUCCAACAAUGACUGUCUACCAGUAGAAGGUCCAAGAAUGCAGUAGCUGUUUGGUCACAAGGCUAGAUGUCUCAGCUGGUCUUCAGUAUACACCAGAAUCCCGAAGAAGUAGGCCAGGGAAGAAAUGGUUUUGCCAGAGAGAGAGAGAGAGCAAACAGACAAAGAGAACAAGCUUCCUUCUUCCAUGUCCUUUACAUAGGCUGCCAACAGAAGGGAUGACCUAGAUUAAAGGUGGAUCUUCCUACCUCAAAAGACCCAGAUUAAAAGUGGGUUUUUCCGGGGCUGGAGAGAUGGCUCAGAGGUUAAGAGCACUGGCUGCUCCUCCAGAGGUCCUGAGUUCAAUUCCCAGCAACCACAUGGUGGCUCACAACCAUCUGUACUGAGAUCUUGC